CUCCCGUUCCCGCUCCGGCGCUCCCGGGCCCUGCGCCCCGACCCCGCCGCCGCGCCUGCCGGGGGCCUCGCGCGCCCCCUCCGCGCUUCACGCUGAAGUUCCUGGCCGUGCUGCUGGCCGCGGGCAUGCUGGCGUUCCUCGGUGCCGUCAUCUGCAUCAUCGCCAGCGUGCCCCUGGCGGCCAGCCCCGCGCGCGCGCUGCCCGGCAGCACCGACAACGCCUCGGCCGCCUCGGCCGCCGGUGCCUCGGGUCCGCAGCGCAGCCUGAGCGCCCUGCACGGCGCCGGCGGCUCGGCCGGGCCCUCGGUGUUGCCCGGGGAGCCGGCCGCCAGCGUCUUCCCGCCGCCGCCGGUGCCGCUGCUCAGUCGCUUCCUCUGCACGCCGCUGGCCGCCGCCUGCCCGUCGGGGUCCGAGCAGGGGGACGCGGCGGGCGAGCGCGCGGAGCUGUUGCUGCUGCAGAGCACCGCGGAGCAGCUGCGCCAGACGGCGCUGCAGCAGGAGGCGCGCAUCCGCGCAGACCGGGACACCAUCCGCGAGCUCACCGGCAAGCUGGGCCGCUGCGAGAGCGGCCUGCCGCGCGGCCUCCAGGACGCAGGGCCCCGCCGCGACACCAUGGCCGACGGCGCCUGGGACUCACCCGCGUUGCUCCUGGAGCUGGAGGACGCGGUGCGCACGCUGCGAGACCGCAUCGAGCGCAUCGAGCAGGAGCUCCCAGCCCGUGGGAACCUCUCCUCGGCGCCAGCCCCAGCCGUGCCCACUGCCCUGCACUCCAAGAUGGACGAGCUAGAAGGCCAGCUGCUGGCCAAGGUGCUGGCGCUGGAGAAGGAGCGUGCUGCCCUCAGUCAUGGCAGCCACCGGCAGCGACAGGAAGUGGAGAAGGAGCUGGAUGCCCUGAAGGGUCGUGUGGCGGAGCUGGAGCACGGGUCCUCAGCCUACAGUCCUCCAGAUGCUUUCAAGGUCAGCAUCCCCAUCCGCAACAACUAUAUGUAUGCCCGCGUGCGCAAGGCGCUGCCGGAACUCUACGCCUUCACUGCCUGCAUGUGGCUGCGCUCCAGGUCGGAUGGCUCCGGACAGGGCACCCCCUUCUCCUACUCGGUGCCUGGGCAGGCCAAUGAGAUCGUGCUGCUGGAGGCCGGCCUUGAGCCAAUGGAGCUGCUGAUCAACGACAAGGUGGCCCAGCUGCCUCUGAGCCUGCAAGACAGCAACUGGCACCAUAUCUGCAUCGCCUGGACUACAAGAGAUGGACUGUGGUCUGCAUACCAGGACGGAGAACUGCGGGGUUCUGGCGAGAACCUGGCAGCCUGGCACCCCAUCAAGCCACACGGCAUCCUUAUCCUGGGCCAAGAACAGGAUACCUUGGGAGGCCGAUUUGACGCCACGCAGGCCUUUGUCGGUGACAUUGCACAGUUCAACCUGUGGGACCACGCUCUGACACCUGCGCAGGUGCUGGGCAUGGCCAACUGCACCGGGCCACUGAUGGGCAAUGUCCUCCCCUGGGAAGAUAAGCUGGUAGAGGCCUUUGGAGGUGCGAAGAAGGCCGCCUUUGAUGUGUGCAAGGGGAGGGCUAAGGCAUGAGGGGCCACCUCAGUCAGGGCCCCUCCCUUGCCUGUCAAUUUGGGGACUUUGAAGGGGCACUUCCCUCCUCAGCUUGUCCACAUGCUGGCCUUCCCUUCUACCCCACUCCUAGUCACACCUCCCACUUCUCCUCACGGGCCCCCACUGCUCCAGAAUGUCCUGCCCUGGAUGGAUGUCCCCUCAGCCACCUGGAUAGGGACCAGUAUCUCACAUCAAUUGGUGCAGUGUAGGGGUUGAGGCAGUCCUGCCUCCUGGCAGCAUAUUGGCUUGGUCUCUCCCCUCUCAUACACUGUCCUGCCAAUCACAUUGGAUCCCACUAACUCCAAGGACAUCCCCUGAGGAGUUGUGGGUAGAGGUGGCCUUUGACCCUUGUAUCCCCUAUGCUUCAGGCCUACAUUGGGCUUUAGAAGGGGUGCCAGAGAUGUAUGAGAUCAGAUGCUCCUCUUCUAUCUUCCUUAGUUGCCCACAGGGGCUGCAGGGUCAUCAUGCCCACUGCCCCUGACUCCCUCCCCCCUCACCAGUUUCUCUGUGUGUUGUGGUUUGAAUGUUGGUUCGAUGUUGGUUCAAGCCCCACCUCAGUUUCCAGAAUGUUCCCUUCCCAGCCCCUACCCUAACAGCUAGGGACCAAAACCCCGGAGGCCAAAGGGCUGUAAUCGUCCCCUGUACCCACUGUAAACUUUGCCCACCAACAUGGUUGUCCACCCUCUCCAUGCUGGAGACAGAACUGCUAGGUCACUCUAGCCUGUCCUGAGAGCAUCCAACAUAGGCACACUUUGACUGAGGAGACACUUCCCAGACAGAGCCUGGUGGCUUAGCCACCAUAUCACCUCUUUCUGCAUGGCCCUAGAAAAGAUGGAAGAUGCUGAGAUGGAAAGCAGAGCACUGAGUGAGUGAGAGGACCCCUUUGUUCCUAUGACUUGCUGUGUGGCUUUCGAUAAGAACUACCGUCUCUGGGCCUCACUUUCUCCUAGUCUCUACCAAGAGCACAGAAGAAUGUCAGAGCUGAGAGAGGCCAUCCAUUGUAAGGCCAUCUUGCUAAUGGAAGAUGGGAAAGAACACAGAGAGAACAAUUAACUUAUCCAGGAUCAAACAGCACAAAAUGGCAGGCCCAGGGCCUCUGAGUCCCCCCCAAAGUGCUCUUCCCUGUGAACCACACUGCCUGUCCUUGAGGACCUUUGAGCCCUGCAGGGAGGCACUUGAAAGGACACAUGCUUUCCAACAGGACACCAGAAAAUCUUUAUGGGACACCCCAACACAGUGACAGCCUGAGGAAGUGAGGGAAAGAGCCCAGACAGACAGAGUUCCAACAGACAGCAGAGGAUGUGGGGCCCUGUUGGUCCUCUCCCAAGUAUUGGAGCAGUAACAGGUCAGCUGCACCAGUGGGCACUGGUGCCUCUUGUCCCACCCCCACUUUUGUCCCUGUCUGUGCUCUCCAUGGCCACUCAGCCCAAGACAUGACACAGAAGAGGCUGCAGCCCAUGUCAGGGAAGGAAUCGUGUCCAAGACUUGCCUCUGGCCUGCAGAUCUGUUUCCAUUUUGAGAGCAACUAUACAGCUCAGCACCUCCAUCCCCAACCCCCCGGAGAUAGCUGCAGAGGCUUCACCCAGACCUGCUGAGAUCCUGGUUGCCCAGUGACAACCAAUGACAUCAGCCCCAGUGCUGGGUCAAGUGUCUGAGAACACCGGUUGUUGCUGGGUGACAGCUGGAUUCAGAACUUAGACCUGGGGGACUGUGAGCCGCACUGGGCUCUUGCUAUUGUUCUAGAAGAGGCCUUUGCUAUUGAUUUAGAGGAGACCUUGGGAAGACAGAGUCUUAGGAAGGAUGUAGCAGAAGCUGCCUGGUCAUUUGAGCCCACCCUUCCCCAUCUGUUCUGCUUUGUCUCAGUGCUGAUGAGAAACACCUCAGUCACAUUACCAUGCCAGGUCACCCUGGUUAAACUUCAACCUCCCCAACCCCAGCCAGGAGGAAAAAAUGGAGACACUGGAUCGUGGCUUUGAGUAUGGAUUACUGGGAAAGGGGCUGGCUCUCUAUUUCCAAGUCCCCACCCGCUCCCACAUUGUGCUAUGAACAUUCUCUGAUCAUGUGGAGCCCCACUGUCUUCUGUUGUUUCCAAGCACAUCCAAUAAGACAGCUGUGGCCCUGAGCUACCCCUGGGCCGAAGAUGGAACUAGGCUGGUUAGAUAGUCUUAGGCACUGAGAAUGCAGAGAGUGCUGUAUCCGCACCAUCUGGUUUAUAUCCUCACAGCACACUUACCAAGGCAAGACUGUUCUUAGCCCUGUGAUGCAGAUGAGGAUGAAACUAGGAGGGGUAAAGGAAUUUGCCUGGUGUCAAUUGGCCAGCUGGGAACAGUGCGGUUUCCAUUUGGAGGCAGAUUAUAUGCCUAAAGGAUUUUGCCACCUCCUUCAGAGUGCAGAAGAAGCAGAAGUGGGGUGUGGGGCUCGAGACUGGGGAGGGGGGGUCUCUUACCUAUGCCCAGUCUCAAACUGAGCUGCAGUCUUCAGGGCAAGAAAGGAGUAUUUCCAGCAUAGUCGGAAAAGGUGAGGAGGAAGUGGUUCUUCCUCAGCCCCUGUUCUGGGCACGGCCUGUGUCAGGUUCUCUAAGCUCUUUUCUGCCAGAUUCCCCACCUGUGAAGCAUGGAGUGGCCUCUCCCAUGUCCCAAGGGAUCAUUUUACCACAGUUACACAUGAAUAGGGACCACUGACUGAAUCUGUGUGUGUGUGGGGGGGUGGGGGAGUAAGUAACUCAACCCUUGGCUUGUAGAUGAGGAAGCUGAGGCCUGGCCAGAGAGUUCAAAUGACCCUUGAAGCUCCCCUGACUUUCCUUCUCUUCUCCAGGACCCAGUGGCCACUCCCUUUCCCCCAAACUGAGUCCUACCUACUAGUCCCAGCACCUUUGACCUGAGAAAACUGGAGAAGGGUCUCCUCCUAGAUAAGGGACUAGUGUCCUCCUUACCCCUUGACUCCAGCUGCCUGCCACCCCAAAUCCCACAUCCAACUGACCCUAUUCCCUGCCCCUGCUGGGUGGAGAACAGGCUCCUUCCCAGGCUGAGCAGCCAGCAGCGAGCAUGUGAAGUUGUCUCCUUGAACAGUAGGAAACGAGGACCCUCCACUGCCCUCCUUCCUCACCGUGCCCUAUUUUGUAUAUAACUGACAUGAGAUGGCUUUGUGUGUGUGUGUGUGUGUGUGAGUGUGUGUGUGAUCUGUGCCAUGGCUUUUGUUACCAUUUCUUGUUUUUGUAAAUUUGAAUGUUCAAAUAAACACGUGGUUUACUCGGA